AUGGCAACUGAACGAGAGCCCCAGGACUACCAGUAUGCGAGCGAAUCGUUGGACCAGUUCGCUACAUACGAGGAUUACUUGGACUCCCAGCUGAGCGAGACCGAUUUGUUCUACUUAGAGGACGAGGAGCUGGCUCGGCAGCUUGUAGAGCUGGGAUAUCGUGGAACUGGCGAGACUCUAAGAAGAGACGACUUCGAGGCGAGGAAAAAAGCCGAGCGAGAGCGCAAUGCACACAAGACGAGUGUUCCCAAGCCACUGGCAAGUGCUGGCAAAGAUCUCUCGCAGUACCCGUUCUUGGCAGCUUUAGCAAGUCGAGAAGACCUCGUUCGCAAUGGCAAACUGACGUGUAUCAUCUUCAUUCGAGACAAAAACGCCAAGGGACAAGAGAUUAGCGGCUAUAUCGACUACGCGCUGCGUCUGAAAAAUGAACCGUUCGAGCCAUAUUUCGAGCGCAAGAAGAAGCUGCUACCGAAAUCCUCGGAUCUGAGCUACUACAAUUGGGAGACUCAGACUUCCACUUCUAACUCCACACCAAAUUUCCAAGUGAUCGCUGACAGUGAAACUGGGCUACUGUUUAAAAACAAACGCGACAGGAAAGUCGUCAACGUUGAUCCAAAAGCGAACCCAGGUGACAACUCGACACGAACAGAGAUCAAGACAAAAGAGUAUCUACAAGUAGUGCUGUAUGACCACAUGACUCGACGCAAGACCUAA